UACAGACUUACAGGUAGAGAGAAAAGGGGAUACAAUACAAGUCGCAAUCGCUGUGGCUGCAAUUACAGCCUGAGUAUAGCUGUACUGUCUUCAACCGAGAAAGAGGGGGGAAAAAAGAAUGAGAGGGAGAAAGAAGACGAAGAAAAACGGACUGUGAACGACGAAGCUCAACGUACUCGAUAGAUAGAAAGAAAACCUUAGGGGAUGAUAAUGCAUUCGUUUUUCAUUUCAUGUUUUUCCUCCGAUUGAUUUCGAUUGUAAACUAAAUCGGUCACAAUCUUUAUGAUGCUUUGUGGUUCAUUCUGUUUGAAUUUGAGACACCGUAUACAGCCAUGGAUGCGCGAUUACGAUAGGCUUCAGAAACUCGCUAUCAUCCUCCUUUACAUUCAGAUUGGGUGCGCGUUAAUUGGAUCGCUGGGAGCGUCGUACAAUGGUGUAUCGCUGAUAAAUCUUGCAAUCGCGUUGUUCGCUUUGGUGGCAAUUGAGAGUAGCAGUCAGAGCCUUGGCCGUACCUAUGCAUUCCUUCUCUUCUGCGCGAUUUUGCUGGAUAUUUCUUGGUUCAUUCUCUUCACUCGUGAAAUUUGGAAUAUUUCUUCCAAGGAUUACGCAGCAUUUUUCAUAUUUUCAGUGCAACUUACUCUAGCUAUGCAAAUUGCUGGUUUUGUAGUGAGGCUAUCAUCCUCAUUGUUAUGGAUUCAAAUAUAUAGGUUAGGCGCUUCCUAUGUGGACUCAGCUUCUCGAGCAGCAGAUUCUGACUUAAGGAGUAGUUUCUUGAGUCCUGUGGCACCUGCAGUAGUUAGGCAACGCUCUGAUUCCAAUGAGAUACUUGGAGGCGCUAUAUAUGAUCCGACAUACUACUCAUCUCUGUUUGAAGAUGGUCAAGAAAACAAAUAUUCAUGUGGGAUGCACUCUCAUGGCAUCACUCAGAAUGAGUCAACAUCGGGCGCUGAAGUUUCUCCGAAGUCAUCCAUGGAUAGAUCUUUCCAGGCUGUGGAUGAAGAGAAUGCAUCAAUCAAGACGGACCUUGUUUGAAAUACAGCCUGAAUAGCAUUGUUCUCACUCCUAUACCGGUUUUUUCCAUUAUUCAGCAACCUGUAUGGGAGUGCGUCUUUGUACCAUAUGCAUUUGUUGGCUGCUAUCUCAUUGUAAAUGUUGCUGGAAAGAAGAGGCUCAUGACUGGUACAUUCUAUGACAAGAAUGAUAUCCAGACCAUUUCCUUGAAGCUCCACCUAAAUAAGUCUGAAAUUGAGCUAAGGAAGUCAUUCUGGUUACAUGUGUCAAAUGAUUUGGGUUUUGCAUUACUGACAGAUCUGCAUAUGGGCAAGCAUUUUGGCGCGCUGAUCUCUAGCGUUGCAUGCUGCAUCUGCAUGAAUAGAUGCCUGGAAUGUAAUAUUUUGUUCCGGUUUUAUAUUUUUUUUCUUUUAGGCAGCUGAAUAGUGAGUCAAUAGUUAGGAAGUGAAUACACAUGCAAAAUAAUUUCAUUUUUUGUUUAAUUCUUUGUUGAAACUCGACCAUGAGGACAUAUA